AUGACCCUUCAUGCCUGCGGCUUGCACCUUAUUUCUAUUGACAAGACACCUUUUGUUUUAUCCAGCACAACUUUUAUAACAUAUUAUAGAGACUUCUGGAUAUUUUGCAAUUACAAGCAUUUACAUAAACUGUGUUAUUUAUGUCCUCAAGGAUGUCUUAAUGGAGCAGUUUGUAACGAGAAUGGUAUAUGUGAUUGUGAAACCUUUCAAGCACAGGGCAGGAGAUGCCAGUUUGUACCUAACACUGGCAAAGAAAGAGAUGGCAUCUGCAAAACCUGGGGUCAAUAUAACUUUGAAACAUUUGAUGGUAUCUAUUUCUACUUCCCUGGAAAUUGUUCUUAUGUUUUUGCCAGGGAUUGCAGCGAUUCUGUGCCACUUUAUACAGUAUGGGUUCACAACAGCCCUCAGUGCGACGGUUCUGUGUAUACGUGUCCACGUUCAAUCAGUAUGUUUUUUUCAAGUCAAGAAGAGAUCACAGUUUCUGGAUAUGAAGUGAGAAAAGGAGGGGAACGAUUAUUACUGCCGCAGACGAUUGAGAAUGUUUUUAUUGAGAGACUAGCUGACUACAUUUUGGUGAAAACGACCUUUGGAUUCUCUCUUGCUUGGGAUGGCAGUUCUGGGAUGUAUAUCAAAUUGACAGAAGACCAUAAAGGCAAAACAUGUGGCUUGUGUGGAAAUUUUAAUGCCAAUUGGACAGAUGACCUGAUAAUACAGCACAGUAAGUUUUCAACUGAAGAUAUUUCUGUGUUUGCAAACAGCUGGUAUAUACAGACUCCAGAAGAACCCAUAUGUGUAUUCACUGAAUCAGACUAUCCAAACCCUUGCUCAAGUGUGGAAACCUUGGAGGCAAUGUUUCUCAAGUGUCAAGUCUUGUUACAGUUCCCUUUCAUGAGUUGUCAUGAGACCAUUGAUCCCUAUUCUUACAUCGCUAGCUGCAUAAACGACCUCUGCAAGCAAGAUGAUGAUGAAACAUAUUGCCGCACAGUGAUGGAAUACGCUAGAUCAUGUUCACAUUCUGGUUAUCCUAUACGCGACUGGAGAGAUGACUUUCCUGCUUGUACUGAAAAGUGUGAAGAUAACUUUGUACAUCGGGAUUGUAUUAGCUGUUGUCCACCAACUUGUACAUAUGAGAAAGAAUGCCUAGGGAGCAAUCUACAUUGUUUAGAUGGCUGUUAUUGUCCAGAUGGUCUUAUCAUGGAUAAUGGCACGUGCGUUUCUGUGACUAGUUGCCCUUGUAUCUAUCAUGGGACAGCUUACCCAGCAGGCUCUAAAAUUGAACAAGAAUGCAGCAUGUGUGUAUGUACUGGGGGUGUUUGGAACUGUACAGAACAUGAAUGUCCAGCGGAAUGCUCAGUGGUUGGUGACUCUCAUUUUACAACAUUUGAUGGGCGCUACUUUACUUUCCUGGGCCUGUGCCAGUAUAUUCUUGUAAAAGGGACUGGAAAAGAUAAGUUCACUAUAACUGUACAGAAAGCUUCUUGUGAACAGAGCAAUGAACAUGCAUGUAUCCAAUCAAUUACAUUUGUGCUGGAUGAUGAUAUUAAUAAACAAGUGACUAUAUUCAGAGGGGGAGAAGUUCAGUUUGGCUCUAACCAAGGUUUUAUUCUUAAUGGUGAUAUUGAAGUAAGGAAUUUAUCAUCUAUGUUUUUGCAACUGAAGACUAAAUUUGGAAUAAGAAUUCAGUUUGCAAAAGGAGGAGAUAGACUCUACAUUCAAGCAAGCAGCUCCUGGAAGAGGAGGACCCUAGGGCUUUGUGGAACAUUUAAUGGCAAUCUAAGGGAUGACUUCCUUUCCCCUGCAGGUAUGAUUGAAGGGACACCCCAGCUUCAUGCCAAUGCUUGGAAGAUUUCAUCUGCGUGCUUAACUCCAGUAAACGUUCCGGUAGUGGAUCCAUGUGACAUAAAUCUUCAAAAUGUUGGAUACGCAAAGCAUUGUGAAGUGAUUAAUCAAGAGGUAUUUGCACCAUGUCACUCAUAUGUGAGCCCUGGAUUAUAUUAUCAGCUGUGUCGUUUUGAUGCAUGUAAAUGUGGAAGCAACUGCCUUUGCAACGCUCUUGCUCACUAUGCGUACGUCUGCAGCAAGCAUGGUAUCGCCAUACAUUUCAGGCAACACGUAUCAUUUUGUGGUGUAAUUUGUCGGUAUGGCAUGUUAUACUAUCAAUGUUCAUCCUAUUGUGGUCGUACCUGCUCAUCUGUUUCUUCUGGAGAAGUCUGUGAUAAUGAAUGUGUUGAAGGAUGCAACUGCCCUGAAGGGAAAUAUUUUGAAGAGUCCAUUAACUUUUGUGUGUCACUAUCAAGUUGCAGAUGUUAUUACAAGGGAAAAAUUUACCACCCGGGUGAAAUAAUAUUAAGACAAUCGGGUUCUUGCCAGUGUUUGAAUGGAACAAUGAAAUGUGCAGAAGCAGCUACAAUGGUGACUGGCCACACAUGCCCAGAAGGAAAAAUAUACUUUGAUUGUAGGAACCCUGUACCUGGAUUACCAUCAGCUGGAGUUAACUGUGAAGUCACCUGUGCCAACUUGGCUAUGAACUUUACAUGUGUUCCAGCACCACCAUGUGUGAGCGGUUGCAUUUGUCCACCUGGCAUGGCAGAGCACAAAGGAAAAUGUUAUGUUCCUGAUAGUUGUCCAUGUACAUGGAAAGACUGGGAGUAUCUGUCAGGAGAAGUAAUCUCUACACCAUGUUACACUUGCAUUUGCAGAAGAGGUGUAUUUAACUGUACCAGUUACCCCUGCCCAUCUGUGUGCACAGUUUAUGGUGAUCGACACUACUACACUUUUGAUGGUCUGGAAUAUGACUAUGUCAGUGACUGCCAAGUAUAUUUAGUUAAGAGCGCAGAUAAUUCAAAUGUAUCCAUUGUCUCCCAGAACAAGAAAUGCUUUGAUAAUGACAUCAUUUGUUCCAAGAACCUAAUCAUUUCUUUGGGUGACACUGAAAUUUAUUUCACUGAAACAUCUGGCAAACAGAAGCUCUUAAGAAUGCAGACAGGCACUUAUAGAUACCAGCAUUGGAAGGCUGGCUUUUAUACAGUGGUGCAUUUUCCAGAACUUGAAAUUACAAUUCUUUGGGAUAAGAAAACAACAAUACACGUUAAAGUGGGUCCUCGAUGGAAGGGAAAGCUUUCUGGUCUAUGUGGAAAUUUUGACAAGUACACAUCAAAUGAUCUAACUACAUCAAACAACAUGGAAGUGAGAAACGCUCAAGUGUUUGGAGAUAGUUGGACAGUGGGACAGUGUAAAAGUUCAAAUGAAACAAUGAGACCCUGUGAAGUACAUCAGAGUAAAUUUCCAUAUGCAAAAAAGGAGUGUUCAAUUCUCUAUAGUGAUGUAUUUGCUGCUUGUCGCAAUGUGAUAGAUGUGACAUCAUUUGUUAAAAAUUGUCACACAGACACUUGCAACUGUAACCUUGGUGGGGACUGUGAGUGUCUAUGUACCAGCAUAGCAGCUUACGCCCAUAAAUGCUGCCAACAAGGUGUUGUGGUUCAUUGGAGAUCUCCCACAAUUUGCCCCUUUGACUGUGAAUACUAUAAUCAAGGGCUUGGAGAAGGUCCCUUUAUCCUCUCCAGUUGUGGUAAUAGUGAAAUUGUUUUAGGGGGUAAUGUUUCCAGCAAAUAUAUAUUCCCAUUGCCAAGAGCAAGUGCACAUGGAAAUGUGUUGUUUAACUUCAUGAUAACACCUGGACUUUUCAAAGAUAAAGACUUAUCUCUGUCGCUUGUCUCUUUGGAGUCAGCUGAAAGACCAAACUAUUUUCUAUCUGUGCAUGAAAAUGGCACAGUUAAUUUACAACAGUGGGAGAGGAAUUCAUUCUUUCGAAGAAGAGCAACAUUUUUCCACCACCAAGGCCUUUGGAUUCCAGGUUACAGUGCAUUUGAAUUACACAGCAAGAAAGGGUUCUUUAUCGUACUCACUGCUACCGAGGUUAAAGUUUCAAAAUAUGACAGUUCUGAAGAAUUUAAACUUUCAAGCAGUUUUAAAAUUGAAGAAAUUGUUGCAGCAGUACCCUAUAGAAGAAUGUGUGAGUGGAGAUAUGAGUCAUGUGCCAAUCCUUGCGUGAAAACAUGUAGUGAUCCUGAAACCCUAGCCUGCUCAUUUCUUCCACCGGUGGAAGGAUGCAUUCCAUACUGCCCAAGUCAUAUGAUUCUUGAUGAAGUUACACUUAAAUGUGUAUAUCCAGAAGAUUGUGUCCGAGUUAAACCCACAGAUUUCUUUGUUGUAACAAAACCAAUAAAGAUAAGUACAAAAAUGCCAUCCUCCUAUCCGAAGGUUACCACAUCAAUAUAUCCAACAAAUAUGAGUGCAUCCAUUUCAUCUGAAACAGUUCCCACUGAUGUGCCAACACCGUUUACAUUUGUGGCAUUAACUGGAACCUCAAAUACCACAAGAGAAACUUACCCAGGAUUCUCAGUUGCAAGUACUCUGAGAGCUACAUCUGAUUUAAGUGCAAAAUUGCCUUUGGAACUUCCCACAAUUGAGUAUUCUAGAUCAUUUCAAAGUACUUCACCUCCAUUGUUAGACAUAAAGAAAACAACUGUUAGAGUAAGUCCUGGAAUCACAACAACAUGGUUACCAACUACAGCAAUAUUCACAGAGCCAUCUUUAGUUUCACAACCAAUAUCACAUCAUACAGCAAUUAACUUUACAAUGUUUACAACUGACCAUCCAGGACCACCUGUAGAUACAACUAAAACUCCAACAAGAAUGUUAGGUCCAUCUUCACUGGGCCAUUUUCAAUUAACCACACAAUCAAUAACAAUUUCUCCGCCUUCAGCAAUUACUGAAAGGACAACCUUAGCUGGAGUUGCAGAUGUUACUGAAUUUACAUCCUUAUCAAGUCCAACAAUGAGUUCUGAAACAUCUGCUCUUCCUACAUCAUCAAAAUCCAUUUCAUCUAUUACUACAAGCUCUGAUGAACCAUUGCAAAUAACUCAUGAUGUCACUCCACAAAUAAUAAGCUCACUGAACCAAACAACAAUGCCACUUUCAAGAAUAAUAAGCACAGUUUCUGGUAGCACACAAGGUACACAAACAUCUCCAUCUGUAUCCAUAUCACAAUUGAUUACUGAGAGGUCAACAGUAAUGGACACAUCAUCAAGUCAUUUAACUUCUUCAUCAUCUACCCUGGAUGUACAUCAAACUUCCAGAUCUGUAACACAAGCUAAGACUUCACAAAUAUUUUCUUCUAAAGGACCCUCUGCAACCACAUUAUCUGACCUUAGUCUCUUUACAUUACCAAGUACAAAGAGUCUUUUGGAAUCUUCAAAAAGGCCAACAAGUUUAGAUGUGUCCUCAAGUGCGUUACAAUCCCUAGUAUCAUCCACAACAUCCAUACCAUCUGACAUUUCUGCAAAUGCUUCACAAACCAAGGACUUUAUAAAGACUUCUACAACAAAUAUGACUUUUUUAUUUGUUUCAAGUGUAACACUGAUUCAAACACCACCUGUGACUUUGAGUACUAAAAAAUUUCCAAAGAGCACAGAAGCAUCUUUAAACACAUUUUCUCAGCCAAGCACUAAAAUAGUUUCAGGCACACAAAUUCCCACAACAGACUUACUCACUCAAAAAUCCACAGAAUAUAUUGUACCAACUUAUCAUCCAUCAGAUAUGGCAACUUCAAUGGCAAAGACAGCCGAUCACACAGUAUUUCCAUAUGUGUCAUUAACAAAUGAGAGCUCAGUUACCACUUCUUUCCCGGUUUUAGAACUUAAGACGUCAAAACAUAAUUUAACCAUGUCUUCCCUUGUUGAAUCUGAAAAUGGAACCACAAACAUGACUGACUCUUACUCUAUUAAAAACUACACUGACAGAGCUGUAAUAAUUACAACAAAAUCAGUUACCGGUGAAACAUCUGCCACCCUUUCUACAAUGACCAGUGUUGACUUUACAACAUCAGGAGAAAGCAUUUUUUAUGAAACUAAACAAGUUACUUAUAUCAAUGCUAGUCAAACCUCAAUGACAGCUAAAGAUGUAACACUGCUGCCUGCAGAAGCAACACUUUCUUUUACCGAUAAGAGCUUAGAAACCACAAGUAAAGAAGUUUAUUCUUCUAAAGUAACAAACAGGACAGUAUUAGAUGUCUCCAAAACUCCAACUGAAAAAGCCCUGGAGCCAGUAUACAAUUAUACAGAACCCACAAAAGUAGUGACAAUAUUAGAAAACAAUACUUAUGGCACAUUUUCUUCUGGUCCAUCUUAUGAAGGACAGACAUCUGAAACAGCUGCUGACACAAUGGGGAAUGCUACAGCGUCAUCUGAUUAUUUUUCCUUUAGUACAAUGGUGCACACAUGGAUGUUAAGCAGCCCAUCAGAAUGUAUGCCAAGGUAUAUAGAACCCCUUGAUCCUUGCAGCCAAUAUGUGUGCAUAAACAUGGGUUGGAUGUUGUACAAUGUUUCAAGUAACUGUCACAAAAAUGUGGAAAAGCCGGACUGUGGGUUUCGUGGGAUGCCUGUUCAAGUAAAUAGCGACAGCUGUUGCCCAGAAUGGGAGUGUCCGUGUCAGUGUUCUGUGUUAUCAGAACUAAGUAUCAUCACAUUUGAUGGAAAUAACAUUGCACUAUACAAUGCAGCACCAUAUAUUUUAGUCAGGCUUCCAAAAGAAACUAUUGUAGCCCAUAUUGAAAAAUGCCCUCCAAGUCUGAGUGUCAACUCAAUAAGAAAGCUAGUUGGUGCUGGGGGCACAUCUGGACUGUGUUUUAAGAAGUUAAAUGUAACAACAGCAAAUUUUCAAGUAAUCAUAAACCGUUUAGAAAGGAAGGUAGAAGUCAAUUUAGUAUUGCAGCCUUUGCCAUUCUCCAAACAAGGAUUGUGCAUUCAGGAUACUGGUGCAAUGUAUGUAAUUAAUACACCAGCAGGGAUAAGUAUUAAAUGGACCCAUAUGACAGGCAUUAUUGAUAUACAAUAUGGAUUACAUUCCAACUUGUCUACAAAGACAGAGGGGCUAUGUGGUAUUUGCAAUGGAGAUCCAAGUGAUGACCUGAAAAUGCAAAACAGAACAAUUAUAACCAACAAAGAAGACAUUGAAGCUUUUAUUAAAAGUUGGGAGAUUGAGAAAUCAAUUGAUGUGACCACCAGGCGGCCUGUGAGAAACUGUACUGAGGAUAACUGCACUUAUUGCAUGGAGCUGCUGAACAGAAAAGUGUUUGCGCCUUGUCAUAGGAAGGUUUCACCUCAAGACUUUUGUGAGAAGAUGUGGAUAAACAACACGUAUUUCUUAAAUUAUGAAUGUGAUGCCUUAUCUGCUUAUGUUGCUCUGUGCAACAAGCACAAUAUCUGCAUUAGAUGGAGAACCCGAGAUUAUUGUUCUUUGACUUGUCCAGAAGGGAAGGAAUACCAGCCUUGUGUGCACCCCUGUGCUGCCAAGACGUGCAUUAAUAGAUGGUACUAUGAAGAGUCCCCAUGCUCUUAUCUAAGGGAGGAUUGUGUAUGCAAGAAAGGAACCAUUCUACACAGGACUGAUUCUGAGCUUUGUAUUCCUGAGGAAAAAUGUGCAUGUACUGACAGCGAAGGUCAUCCACAUUCAUCAGGAGAAGUCUGGAAUGCAUCAGUUAAUAGAUGCUGUAUGUCUAAGUGUGUAGAGAAUGGGACUAUAAUUGCUAUAGAACCUGACUGCAGUGAAGACCCAAUACCAACUUGCAAACGUGUGGGGGAGGUUCUCAUAAGUGUAACUGAAGAAGAUGUAUGUUGUCCAAAGAAAGUGUGUGAAUGCAACAUGUCCUUAUGUGAAAAUAAAUUAACAUGUAAAGAUGGUGAGAAACUUGUUGCAGACUACCGACCUGAGUCCUGCUGCCCACUGUAUCAUUGUGAAUGUGAUCUUUUAGUUUGUCCAAAUGCUUCACGCCCACAAUGCAAAGAAGACCAGAUACUAGUUGAAGCAAGACUGGAUGAUCCUUGCUGCUUCUCUUAUAUCUGUGUUUGUGAAUCCUGUACAGAACCUGUUCCAGUGUGCAAAGAUGGGGAAAUCCUGACCGUUGAUUUAAACACCACGCACCUCUGUUGCCCCCAUUAUAUCUGUGUAUGUGAUGAAAAUCUCUGCCCUGCACCACAGUUAGUUUGCUUGACUGACACUAAACUUAUAAGGAGGAAUCUUUCAGGAAUGUGCUGUCCCAUUUGGCAAUGUGAAUGCAACUGUGAAAGUGUUAUACCCCCAGAGUGCCAAUUGGGAGAAAUACAAAGGAUUGAUACUGACCAUCAAAGUCCAUGUGGAUGUUCCCAUUAUGUUUGUGAAAAGGAAGACGUCUGCAUAUUUCAGGGAGUCACAUUACUUCAGCCUGGUCAGUCGCUGAUUCAGUAUUUGGAUGGAGAGCUUUGCUACACUGUACAGUGUUUAUCUGAAAUAGAUCUCCAAACAGGAUUCCAUGCCAUGGAAAUGCUAACUGUGAACUGCUCAAAGAAGUGUGAAGUUAACCAGGUGUAUAUUCCAUCUUCAAACCAUCAGAUGUGUUGUGGUACCUGCAAAAACGUGUCAUGUACUUUUUAUAAUGAAAAUGGAACAAUAAAUGUGCAUGAGGUGGGAAGUACAUGGAUUUCAAACUGUACCAAAUAUGAAUGCACAAAAACAGCAGUAGGUGCUAUGAUACUGGGAGCUAGUGUUGUUUGCCCCCCUUUUAAUGAGAGUGCAUGUCUGAAGAAUGGUGGAACUAUACAGACCUAUAAUGAUGGCUGCUGCAAGAUAUGUGCAAAGGAAGAAAAGAUUUGUCAGAAAGUGGCAGUCAGAACCACAAUACGGAAAAGUGACUGUUUUAGCCAAACUCCGAUAACAGUGGCUUCAUGUGAUGGGAAAUGUCCUUCUGCAACAAUCUUUAAUGUCAACCUUGAUAGCCAUAUAAGAUUCUGUAAAUGUUGUCGAGAGAAUGGAGUACAAAAUCUUACUGUGCCACUUUACUGCUCAGGAAAUGGUACUGAAGUUAUGUAUGUCAUCCAGGAGCCUGCUGACUGUUCAUGUCAAUGGAAUUAAAUAGAUGUUUGGAAAUUUGAGAACAAUUAAACAGACAACGGGUUUACCAGUAAAAAACAAAAUCACAACAUUUAAUUAAGUAUCUA